AGCAUUUUAUGAUCCUUAACUGCCUCUCUUAAACCAGUACCAAAAGUGCCUCCAUUGCUAUGUUGGCCACCUCACCAGCCCUGCCAUCUUCCAGUCUUCUUCGUCCUCACCCAUCCGUUGGCCACCAUAAACCUGAGCUGCAAAAGGUUGGCCUUGACAAGGAGCAUUGGCACAUGGAGGCCUUGAAAUCCUCUACCACAGUUGACCUCUUUCGUAUUCUCUAGUGUUCUUAGGCAGCUGCAACAGCAGCACCACCAACCAAACCGCUUCAUCACCCCCACAUGGACACCAGUUGUGCGCAUUACCGCUCCCAAUUCCAUGCCAGUAAUCAUAAAAGAAAGGAAGAGAGAGGGAAGGGGAGCGAGAGAGAGUUCGAAGUCACAAGAAAUCACCAAACAAGGACACCCCAAUGAGUGAUGCACAGAUGGUUGAUGCAUGGGUUGGUCCCCUCCAGCUCAACAUGGUGCGGUUUGGAAUGGUGUGAAGAGGUCUGCAAGCAGGGCAAAAGACAGAACAGAAGCUGCACUUUUGUUGUGGUUGCAGGGAUUUUGGUACUGAGGUUGAAGUCUAUCUCUGAAGCUGACUGCAGUUUUCUGUGAACAUGUUCCUGUGAGGCAACAGAUUGAUGGAGAAUAGCUUAUGGCCUAAACUUUUGAGCCUACUUGUCCAUUGCUGAAGAUCGCGGCGUGUUCAGAGUGUGAUCUCUGGUUAUUGCCAGGUUCUGUUUGAGGUUUUUUUGCUCUGGCCAUUUCAUUUCAGAGUUAGUUCAGAAUGGCCUGCAAGAAGCUGGGAUCAAAAGCUGAUGCCUUUCAACGACAAGGGCAAGCCUGGUUCUGCACUACUGGGCUUCCAAGUGAUAUUAUUGUUGAAGUUAGCGAGAUGUCAUUCCAUCUGCAUAAGUUUCCUCUUCUGUCAAAGAGUGCUCUCUUGGAAAAGCUUAUUGAGGAGAGCUCUGAUGAAGAAGAUGGGUGUGUAGUGAAGUUAUGUGAUAUGCCUGGUGGGGAUAAAGCAUUUGAACUAGUAGCUAAGUUCUGUUACGGUGUUAAGUUCGAACUCACUGCCUCAAAUGUUGUUUUCCUGCGCUGUGCUGCUGAAUAUCUUCAAAUGACAGAGGAAAUAGCAGAGGGCAAUUUGAUUGCCCAAACAGAGAUCUUUCUUAGCCAAAUUGUUCUUCGUGGCUGGAAAGAUUCGAUAAAAGUGCUCCAAACCUGUGAUAAUCUUCUCCCUCAUGCUGAAAAUCUUCAGAUCAUUAAGAGAUGCAUCGAUUCUUUAGCAGUUAAAGCUUGUACAGAUCCCAAUCUCUUUGGUUGGCCUAUGAUGGAGCAUGGUGCAAUGCAAAGCCCAGGCGGGAGUGUUUUGUGGAACGGAAUAAGUACGGGAGCCAGACCUAGAAACUGCAGUUCUGAUUGGUGGUACGAAGAAGCAUCUUCGUUGAGUCUUCCCUUGUAUAAGAGGUUGAUCUCAGUCAUGGAAUCUCGAGGUAUCAGACAAGAGGUCGUAGCAGGCUCCGUGACAUCUUAUGCCAAAAAGUAUCUGCCUGGUAUUAGUAGGCGUCACAGUCUGGCUCCUGUAGCUCUGACUGCUGCACCAUCUGAAGAAGAACAGAGACGUCUUCUAGAAGAGAUUGUGGGCUUGUUGCCUUUACAAAAGGGUGUUACAUCAACUAAAAUUUUAUUUGGACUUCUUCGUACUGGCAUGAUUCUGCGAGCUAAUCCAACUUGCAUUUCCAACUUGGAGAAAAGGAUAGGACUGCAGCUAGACCAGGCAAAUUUGGAAGAUCUACUUCUGCCGAACUUUUCAUAUUCUAUGGAGACACUCUACAACAUCGACUGUGUUCAACGAAUUCUAGAGCACUUCUUAGCCAUGGAUCAAGCUGCUGAUGGGGCAUCUCCUAAUUUGGUUGAUGAUGAGCAGUUAAUUGGUUCGCCUUCUCUUGCACCCAUUACUACUGUUGCCAAGCUAAUUGAUGGGUAUCUAGCAGAAGUUGCACCAGAUAUCAACUUGAAGCUUCCAAAGUUUCAAAAUCUGGCUGGUGCAGUACCUGAUUAUGCACGACCACUGGAUGAUGGGCUGUAUCGUGCUAUUGACAUCUAUUUAAAGGCACACCCAUGGCUCAAUGAAGCCGAAAGGGAACAGCUCUGCAGGCUGAUGGACUGCCAGAAACUCUCCCUAGAAGCCUGCACUCAUGCUGCACAAAACGAAAGGCUCCCAUUACGAGUAGUGGUUCAAGUUCUUUUCUUCGAGCAACUUCAACUGAGGACCUCGAUUGCUGGUUGCUUGCUUGUUUCCGAUAACCUUGAUGUCUCACGGCCUCUGAGGAGUGGUCUGGUGGGUUCAGGAGAUGGCGGUGGGUGGGCAAGCGCUGUGAGGGAAAACCAAGUCUUGAAGGAGGGAAUGGAUAGCAUGAGGAUGAGGGUGUAUGAGCUCGAAAAGGAGUGCACAAGCAUGAGACAGGAGAUCGAGAAGUUGGGACGUGGGAAGAGCAAGUGGAGUUCUGUUUCAAAGAAGUUUGGAUUUAAGCUCAAGUCCCAGAUGUGCAGUGCCCAAGAGGAGUCUGUAAGCGAUCAUCAGCAAACCGGAAGCAGCACCAUUGAAAAGUUGCCAGCUAAGCUCACUAAACACAAGCAGCAGCUAUCCACAGAUGCAUGACCAUUUCCCGUGAGGGAUCAAGGUUUGUAACUCUAAUUUUCUGGGGUUUUUUUCUUACAUCAGGAAGUUGUGAAUUCAGUGUCUCUUGGACAAAUGUUAUUUUGAGGUUUGUCCUUCACUUUCUCUUGUGUAUGAAAUAGUACUAAUCUUGUGUUAACUAUAUGUUUCUUACUGGUGACUGCAAUGCUAAAACCGCAAACUAAA